CGGUUGAACGGCCCAACCAAAGCCGUCGUCAUAAAAUUUCUGGAAGGCAACACGCCAUUGUAUGGUAAAAUUAAAAAAAAGAGAGCAUUGCCGUCCGUUGAGAGUCAGAUAAUACACCACAUACAACCGCCAUAAUGUUACGACAGACCAUCGCCAACACUUCCCGGGCCCUCCGCUCCACCGCCAGGGCCGGCGCCCAAAGACAGCUCGCCAGACCCCAGUUCAUCCAGUCACCAAUUGCCGCAGCCGCCAGGACAGUGGCACCGAGGGCGAGAUGGUACAGCGCUGAGGCCGAGAAGAAGGAGGCCGAGACCAAGAAUGGAGAGGAGAAGGCUGCUGAGGAGACCGAGGAGACCAAGCUCAAGAAGCAAUUAGAGGCCAAGGAGGCCGAAGUUCGGGACUGGAAGGACAAGUAUCUCCGCUCCGUUGCCGACUUCCGCAACCUCCAGGACCGGACUGCCCGUGAAAUGAAGGCUGCCCGUGACUUCGCCAUCCAGAAGUUCGCCAAGGACCUCGUCGACAGCGUUGACAACUUCGACCGUGCCCUCACCAUGGUCCCCGAGGAGAAGCUCAAGUCCGAGGAGAAGUCUGCCCACCUCCAAGACCUCGUCAACCUCUUCGAGGGUCUCAAGAUGACCGAGAACAUCCUCCUCGAGACCCUCAAGAAGCACGGCCUCGAGAGAUUCGACCCCCACGGCCUUCCCUUCAACCCCAAUGAGCACGAGGCUACCUUCAUGACCCCCAUGCAGGACAAGGAGCACAACACCGUCUUCCACACCCAGCAGAAAGGCUUCAAGCUCAACGGCCGCAUCCUCAGACCCGCCAAGGUCGGCGUUGUCAAGAACAAAUAAGCAAUCUCCUCUCUUUCGGUGGUGGUGUGUGUAAGAUUAUGUAAUGGCGGGAAAGGUGUACAAAAAAGCUAUUUAUUUUUGAAUGAGGGUCUGGGGUAUUUAUGACCGAACAACGAUCUUCAAAAGGACGGUGGUGCUGCUCGGGGCGUUUUACUUUUCUUCAGUCGCCAUGUAUUUUUCAUCAAGUCAUGUAUAAUGCUCCUCUCAUGAUGUCGAUUUUGGGUUUGAAAGCAUUUUCGGAAAGCGCGGAAAACAAAUUACGGGAACACACACAUAGGGGCCUUGGGAGCGGGAGCUCCUCAUGAGGCUCAGGUAGAUAGAAGUCUUGUGUGUGUACACAUAUACCACAUACACAAUACAAUGUAUGAACUGGGAUUUCUGGGCGCA